AUGGAUACGUUUCAACUGCUCUUAGCCGUGGGAGUGUUUUUCUGGAUAUACUUUCUAUGGAGUCGUCGCCGGCUCUAUAUGAUGCAAUUUAAGAUACCAGGACCCAUGGGAUUACCAAUUCUGGGCAUUGCCUUUGAGUAUCUGAUAACCUAUAAACGUAAAAUGAGCAUACGAAGCAAGUAUAUGGAUAUUUACGGCUCCACAUGUAUGGUGUGGUUGGGACCCACGCCAUUUGUAAUCACUCGGGAUCCAAAGAUUGCCGAGGAAAUCUUCAUGUCUCCAGAGUGCCUAAAUAGGAGCUCGUUACUUUCCAAGCCGCUUAAUAGCUGUACAGGAGAUGGAUUAUUAUCAUUGGAGGCAUCUAAGUGGGUUGAACGUCGCAAGAACUUAAAUCCCGCAUUCAGGCAAAAUGUUUUGCUGAGUUUUCUUCCCAUCUUCAAUGCUGAGUCGAAAUCUUUGGUGGCCUUCCUGGACUCACUUGUCGGUCAGGGUGAAAAAAAGGUCCGCGACGACAUAGUGAGAUGGUCUUUUAGAAUAGCCACUCAAACCACAGUGGGAACUGACGUGAAGAAGGAAACGGCCUUCAAGAACGAUUCAGUUUUGAAAAGUUACGAGACGCUUAUGAAAAUAAUUGUCAUGAAUGUUUUGUUGCCAUUCACUCACAACAAGAUAUUUUCAACACUGGGCGGAUUUGAAAUGCAGAAAGCUUCGGCCAAGUCCAAUGUUUACAAUAUGAUAGGCACGAUUGUUGACAAAAAGUUAAUGUCAAAGCCAGAAAGUGGCCCACAGCCUGAAAUUACCACUGUCAUUAAUAAGGCCAUCGAACUCCAUCGGAAUGGAGAAAUGUCCCGGGAAGAGGUGCAAUCGGAGUGCUGCUCCUUGGUUGCCGCUGCCUUUGAGACAACCGGUGACACGGUGUAUCACGCCCUCAUCCUGCUGGCCAUGUUCCCGGAGCACCAGGACACGGUCUAUCAGGAGCUCAAGGAGCUGUUUCCCGUGGCCGGUGACUUUGAGGUGACCUACGACGAUUUGCAAAGAAUGGUUUUUCUGGAGCGCGUGGUAAACGAAACACUGCGAUUGAUACCAUCUAUUCCAUUUACACCAAGGGAAACAAUCCGGGAUUUCCGUCUAUCCUCUGGCGUGGUCAUUCCAAAAGGUGUUGGAGUUGGUGUCGAUAUAUUUGCUACCCAUCGCAACCGAGAUUACUGGGGUACCGAUCCAUCGUCGUUCAACCCAGACCACUUUCUGCCCGACAAUGUGCGCGAUAGACAUCCUUACGCUUACAUUCCAUUUUCAAAGGGAAGGCGUAAUUGUAUAGGUUGGAAAUAUGGGUUGAUGUCAUCCAAGCUUGCUUUGUCUAAGAUACUUAGAAACUGCAAAGUAAGCACAUCUUUUCGAUACGAAGAUCUCGAGUUCGUUGACAACAUUGGAAUGGAACUGGCUCAGUCACCUGGACUAGAAUUUCAUCGGCGAACUUAGAAACACUUAGGA